AUGGUUUGUAAAUUGUUAAAGAGUCUUUAUGGUUUGAAGCAGGCCUCUCGACAAUGGUUUGCAAAACUCUCUCAAGCUCUUAUUGAUUAUGGUUUUACUCAAGUCAAUUUUGAUUGCUCACUUUUCAUUAAGAAAACUGCCACUUCUUUCAUAGCACUACUAGUAUAUGUUGAUGAUAUUAUACUAGCUAGUGAUAGUCUAAUUGAGAUUCAACAACUCAAGAUAUUUUUGCAUGAUAAAUUUACAAUCAAGGACUUGGGUCAGCUAAAGUACUUCUUGGGGUUGGAAGUAGCCAGAUCUAAAUCUGGAAUUUCUCUUUGCCAAAGAAAGUAUGCUUUGGACAUACUUCAAGAUACAGAUCUCAUAGGUUCCAAGCCAGCUGCAUUUCCAAUGGAAUCUAACCUUAAACUUACUGCAGAUGAUUCCAACCUUUAUGAAGAUGUCUCGGGUUACAGAAGAUUAAUUGGCAGACUACUAUAUUUGACAAUUACAAGGCCUGACCUAGCCUAUUCUGUUCAAGUUCUUAGCCAAUUUCUUGCUAAACCAGCAGUGUCUCAUUAUCAAGCUGCUAUUCGUGUGCUUAGAUACUUAAAAGCAACACUAGGCCAAGGGUUAUUUUUCUCUUCAUCUUCAGAUUUAAAGUUGAAAGCCUUCUCUGAUAGUGAUUGGGCAGUUUACUUAGACACCAAGAGAAGUGUUACAGGUUAUGCAAUUUUUCUAGGAGAUUCAUUAAUCUCAUGGAAAUCGAAGAAACAAGCCACAGUCAGUAGAUCAUCUGCAGAAGCAGAAUAUAGGGCUCUUACAACCACAACAUGUGAGGUGCAGUGGUUACUUUAUGCUCUUCAAGAUCUUAGUGUUGAUCAUCCUCAACCAACAAUGCUCUACACUGACAGCAAAUCAGCUUUGUCCAUUGCAACCAAUCCAGUAAAACAUGAGAGGACAAAACACAUUCAAAUCGAUUGUCACCUUGUUAGGGAAAAACUGCAGCAGAAUGUUAUAAAGCUUUUUUUUAUUCCCUCGAGAUUACAACUAGCAGAUAUUUUUACAAAACCUCUCGGAUCACUGCCUUUCCAUCAUAAUUUGCACAAGAUGAACAUUAUAAAUAUACAUGCUCAUCUUGAAGGGGGGUGUUGGAGUAUAGCCUCUCAUAUUGAAAGCAUGGAAUUAAAGUCCAAGGAAGAAAAGCUAAAGGCAUAA